AUUUUUUCAGGCAAUUUUUUAUUUUUAUUUUCAUUUUUUUUAAUUUAUUAUUAUUAUAUUUAUUUUAUUGUUUAUGUUUUUCUUCAUUCCUUUUUUAUUUUUUUUAUUUAGGGGAGACCAAGACUUCUGGUCACACAGGAAGUUGUCACAAGGGCUACAUCUCAGAAGUAACUGUAAGGUUUAGAGUGAAAAGUCCAAUAAAGAAAAGCUGUUGAUAUCAAGUAUUCACAACUAGUCAAAAAGUGGUUUUCAGAGGCGUGAAACAUUGUAAGGGGACCAAAAGCUCUCUAAUAGAGAGAAACUCAAGUAAGGGCAUAAAGUUUUCACGGUUGAUGUCGAUUAUCAGCCGAGUGAUGCUCUCUAUGGCAAAUCACCGGAGCGCAUUCCAAGCGGAGUUGCUGCUAUGUUUUGGACUAUAGCUCACGCAACAAACUAAAUACCUGAACUGCAGUUUUCACAAAGUGAACCUGAAAUCAGACAGAAUGCAGGCAAUACUGUUUGCAGCAGCAGUGCUAUUUGCGCUCGACCUGGCCGUGGCCAAGCCGAAAGUGAAAUGUCCAUCCAGGUGUGAUGUAAGUAAAUGUCUGAGCCCGAGCUGUCCGAGCGGGUAUGUGCCCGACCACUGCAACUGUUGCCUAGUGUGCGGCCUGGGCGAGGGCGCAUCGUGCGGUCGGAAUGAUGACAUUCCAUGUGGCGACGGGCUUGUAUGUAAAUUUCCAGCCGGCAAACGACUUCCCAAGGGUGUUUGCCAGUGUAAGAUGGUGCGCAGAGUGUGUGGCAGCGACGGCAAGACCUACGGCAAUGUGUGCAAGAUGAGGGCAGCCGCGCGUAAAGCUCAACAACAAGGGCUCCCCGAAAUAACCCAAACACACAAAGGUCCAUGUGCACCAUCAACCGCAGAUCCUGCACAUCUGAACAGCCCAAGAUACAAGUUUAACUUCAUUGCUGAUGUGGUGGAGAAGAUCGCCCCUGCUGUGGUCCACAUCGAGCUCUUCCUCAACCAUCCGCUGUUUGGCCGUCAUGUACCAUUGUCAAGCGGCUCUGGGUUCAUAAUGACGCAGUCCGGUCUGAUUGUGACCAAUGCUCAUGUGGUAACAAGCAGUGCGACAGUAACCGGCCGCCAGCAUCUACGAGUGCAGUUGCACGAUGGCCAGAUAUACGAGGCCUCCAUCAGAGACAUUGACAAGAAGUCUGACAUCGCCACUAUCAAAAUUAACCCAAAGAGAAAAUUACCAGUGUUAUCGCUGGGCCACUCUGCUGACCUGAGGCCUGGUGAGUUUGUGGUUGCCAUUGGCAGCCCAUUUGCUCUUCAGAACACAGUCACAACAGGCAUCAUCAGCACAACACAGAGAGAUGGAAAAGAGCUAGGCAUCUGUGACUCUGACAUGGACUACAUCCAGACCGAUGCUAUCAUCAAUUAUGGAAACUCAGGAGGCCCACUUGUCAAUCUGGAUGGUGAGGUGAUUGGGAUAAACACACUAAAAGUAACUGCAGGGAUCUCUUUUGCUAUUCCGUCGGACAGAAUCAAUAAAUUCCUUGAUGAAUCUACUGUUAAACAGAAGAAAGGUAUAAAUGACUCCACGAAAAGGUUUAUUGGAAUCAAAAUGGUCACUUUAACAGAGAACCUGGUCCAAGGGUUAAAAUGGCAUAAUCCAGACUUUCCAGGUAUUGGUAGUGGAAUUCUUGUCCACGAAGUUGUCCCAGAUUCCCCAGCUCAGAAGGGUGGGAUUGAAACAGGUGAUGUUAUAGUGAAGUUAAAUGACCGUCCAUUGGUCAGCACUGGUGAAUUACAGGAGGCGAUUCAGGAAGACAUUUCCCUUCUUCUGGAAGUUCGUCGCGGUAAUGAUGAUCUACUAUUCAACAUUGAACCUCAAAUCUUUAUGCAGCGACAAUGACAGAGAUCUACAGUAAUGGACAAGCACAAUUGGAAAGUAUACAGUGGCUGAGACCUAUAUGUGCUACAGCUGGAUGGAUCUGUGUGGAUAGAAGAGUUAAGAUAUGAUAAAAUACAGUUAAGAUAUGCCAUCAACUUUGGACUUCAGAGGACAAUUUGACGAGCAAUUGACUACUUUACCCACUGAACAGUUUCAUAAUUUGUAAUAAAUUGUCAAUGUUAAUAAUGUAAUGUUACUUUACAGUAAUCACAGGUAUUGCAGUGCCUUCCUGUCAGGCCUGACUUCACAAUAAAGAUGCUUAGGAUUAAAUGAGAAUCAUUUCACUCUGCAUUUAUAUCACACACUGUAUCCUGGUCUUGGAACAAUAGAGGCAAGGAUGCUUUCCAUGAUAGUUU